UGAAAGGCUUUUGAUGCUGGAGAAAUGGGGGUUGAAGAGGAUCGCUUUCCUAGAUCAAGGCAAGUUCUGCUUCUCUUUGUUUGUCUGACUCAGACUUGCGCUGAGAGGGGAGGCUAUAUCGUGGCGGAAGAAACGGAGAAUGGUUCUUUUGUGGCAAAUCUAGCAAAAGACUUAGGGCUAGGAAUAAGAGAGUUGUCCUGGCGGAGGGCUCGGGUUAUUUCUGAGGACAACAAAAAACACUUUCAGCUGAACCUUCAGACUGGAGAUUUGCAAGUCGCUGAGAAGCUGGAUAGGGAAGAACUGUGCGGCCCCAUUGAGCCUUGUGAGCUGAAGCUCCAAAUGUUGCUGGAAGACCCUUUGGAGGCACACAGAUUUAAACUGUGGGUUCUUGAUAUAAAUGAUAAUGCCCCUAUGUUUCCAGAAGCAGAAAUGACGUUGAAAGUCUUGGAAAAUAGUCUUCCAGGGUCUGCGUUUCCCCUGCAGAAUGCAAAAGAUUUAGACAUAGGCAUAAAUAAUAUUCAAAACUACACCAUCUACCCCAAUUCCCAUUUCCACAUUCUCACCCGCCAUGGAAGUGAGGGCAGGAAAUACCCGGAGCUAGUGCUAGACAAAGCCCUGGAUCGUGAAGAGCAGCCAGAGCUGCGGGUAACUCUCACGGCAGUAGAUGGUGGGGCUCCUCCCAAGACCGGGACUGCCUUGGUCAUCAUUGAUGUCUUAGAUGUCAAUGACAAUGCCCCUGAGUUUGUGCAGUCACUCUAUCAUGUUCAGAUACCUGAAGACAGCCCCCUCGGGUUCCUGAUCGUCACUGUUUCUGCCAGAGAUUUAGACACGGGAAUCAAUGGUGAAAUAUUCUACUCAUAUUUUUAUGGUGAUGAAGAAAUUGCCAAGACAUUUGCACUUAAUAAAUUAACUGGAGAAAUCAAAAUAAUAAAGACCCUAGAUUUUGAAAAGAUUGCCUCAUAUGAAGUGACUAUUAAGGCCUCUGAUGGAGCAGGUCUUUCUGGAAAGUGCACUGUGAUUAUACAGGUGGUGGAUAUAAACGACAACAUGCCUGAACUAACUGUGGCUUCACUUAUGAGCCACAUCCCUGAAAAUUCCGCAGAGACCAGAGUAGCUCUUUUUAGUAUUCGAGACCGGGACUCAGGAGAAAAUGGAAGAAUGGUUUGUUCUAUCAAAGGAGACAUUCCCUUCAGAUUGAAACCAACCGUUGAAAAUUUCUACACGCUGGUGACAGAGGGCACUCUAGACAGAGAAAGCCAAUCAGAGUACAAUAUCACCAUUACAGUUUCUGAUUUGGGGACCCCCAGCUCACAUAGAGAAUUGAACCGUCUAGCAAUUCUUUUGAAUGCUGAAACACUUGGUGGCGCUGCAGGAUAA